AUGUCGAAAUUCGUAAAAUUCUUAAAGGGAAUUCUAUCUAAUAGGAGGCAAAAAGGCGACUUCGAGACUGUUGCACUAACAGAGAAUUGCAGCGCCCUCCUUAUGGUGAAUUCUCCAUCGAAGCUCCAGGAUCCAGGAAGCUUCUCCAUACCGUGCAGAAUUGGUCCUGAACUCAUACCGAGAGCUUUCUACGACUUGGGGGCCAGCGUCAGCCUACUUCCAUACCCGAUGGGAAUAGUGGAAGAUGUGCCAGUUGAAGUGGGUGGGUGUAUAGUUCUCACAGAUUUCAUUAUUUUGGAUAUGGAAGAAGAUCCUAAGAUACCGAUUAUCCUUAGAAGACCAUUCCUUGCCACAGCUGGAGCCAUCAUAGACGAUGUGUAUAGCCUCCACGAACUGGCCAUGAGCGCUUUUCAUGGGCGUGGAGGCGAUGGAGGAGCCGAAAUGAUGAAGAACGAAUCACUUUGA